AGACAUUAAAUCCAUAAAUCAUUUAUGUUUCCAUGCUGCCAAAUCGGGUGUGCUCCGUGGCUUUCAGAGUCUGAACUUGAGCGAUUUUGAGCGGAGAACGACCGGGUGGGGUCGUAUCGGUGGAGCAGCCUAUAAAUAGCCUGGCUGCAUGAAGCUGCAUAAAGCUGCACGUGCACCGGGAUCGUCGGGAUGUCUCCGUCAGGGCGUCCCAGCACGGUCCGGCUUGUAUUCCUGGGAGCAGCGGGGGUUGGCAAGACCGCGCUCAUCCACCGAUUCCUCCACGACGGAUUCGAGCACAAGUACACGCGCACUGUCGAGGAGCUUCACGUGCUCGAGUAUGACACCGCGGGCUCUGAGGAGAAGAUGCGGCUGGAGAUACUGGACACGAGCGGCAGCUACUCGUUCCCGGCUAUGCGGGAGCUCUGCAUCCGACACAGCGACGCCUUCGCCCUGGUGUACGCGGCAGACGAGCCCGGCUCCUUCGAGCAAGUGCGUCGACUGCGCGCCGAGAUUCUGGAGCUGCGCGGCGGCGGCAGGAGCGUCCCCAUCACCGUGGUCCGCAGCAAAGCGGAUCUGACCGAGAGCGAAGGUCGAGCGCAGGUUGCCUGCGACGCCAUGGCCACGGUGGAGGCUGAGUGGGGCGCAGACUUCGUGGAGGCGUCCGCGAGCACGGGCAGAAACGCGGUCGGGGUGUUCAGCUCGCUGCUGCAACAGGUGAACCUGCCGCCACGACUGAGCCCCGCGGCAUGGACACGCAGAGACACCGUGCCAAAGCCCCGAGCUAGGAAGAGACCCUCGCUGAAGAAGCACAACAGCUGUGUUCUGUCGUAGAAACAGCUGCAGCUGGACUGCGCCUGCUCAGUUUCACACCUGUUCACGGGUGACGGCUCCUUGGGUCACUUUAAUGUGUCUGAAAGCCAGCGGGGCCUGUAAUGCUCAUAGUUUAAGGGGAGCAAACGGGAUGAUGCACUUUAUUUGAGUCCUAU